AUGGCGACCGACGAAGCCGUGGCUGCGGGACUCAUCGACUGGGUCAACAGUCUUUCUGUUGCCGAUCCCGUCUACACGGUAGAGGAGCUUACCAACGGCCAGAUCAUAUGGAAGGUCCUUCAACAGAUUGACCGCUUCAGCUUCCCGGGCAAACUCCCAGAGGAUCCCGAUACGGAUCAGUGGAUACACAAAUGGACCAACUUGAAGCACGUCUACGAUGCCUUGUCUAUCUUCCUCGUCGAGGAAUGCGCCCAGCGGCUGCCGUUUCCCGGCGGACGGCCGGAUCUCAAAGCCAUUGCGCAGUCCUCCUCUCUCGGUGACACCGUGGCACUCCUGAAACUUCUGGUGGUUGCUGCAAUCAACUGUGCCGAUCGCAUUGGAUAUCUGAAGCAGAUGCAGGACCUAUCAGAAACCACACAGCAAGUCCUGAUGCAAACAGUUCAAGAGGCUGGGGAAGAUGAGGGCGAGGAAGCAGAGGUUCCGCACCCUGACGACCUGGCGAUCCACGAUGAUGUCCCAGUGUCGCCGCGCCGGUCGGGAGAAGUGGAAUCCGUGCUUGAAUCGGAGGAACGGUUGGGCAAAGUGAUAGCCGAUAACCAGCGAAUAGCACAUGAGAAGAGGGAGUUGCAGCAACAACUGGAUGAAUAUCAUUUGCGAUACGAGAAGUUGCAAGAACGAUUCGAUCAGGUCCAAGACGAAUUGAAGGAGACAAGUGACCGACUUACAGCUCUGCUGGCAGGCCGGUCAGAUUUUUCCACCCGAACUCUUGACCCGAAACAUGACGCCAUCAUCGCGACCCUCGAGAAGAGAAGUCUUGAGGCUGAGGCCGAGGUAGAUGACCUUCGCAAGGCCAAUGAGUUGCUCAAGAUCAAGGCAGAGAAAUCCCAGAAAUUGCAGGAUGACUACGAUGAAAUCAAGAUCGAGCGAGACAGAUUGGCUCGCAAGGCCAACACCGCGGAGAAGUACAGGCAGAAGUUAGAGGCAAGCCAGGACCUGGAAAAGGACAAUAACAAUCUCCGAGCCAAAGUGACCGAAUUGCAGGAUCAACUCAAGCAGCUUGACCUUGCACGCGCGAGUUCAAGUGAUUUGCAGAGAGAAAUUGAGGAGUACAGGCGGCUUCUGCCGAGCAUUGAACAAGAGAGAUAUGAACUGAAUGAGAUGAAGAAGAGGCUGGAAUUUGACUAUCAUGCUCUCGAAGCGCGGUAUCACGACACUUUGGAACAGCUGUCACGACAAGAUCAAGCCGUCGAAGAACUGCAUGGACGGCUUCGCGACUAUGAAGAUGGUAUUGUCCCCGCGGAUAGAGGAGAGAAACAUCCCAGCCCCGUUGAGAGAGAUUUCGCACAGGAGGAGGCAGAGUUUCUCGAAUCAGAAGCACGCCUGACAGCCGCCCUGCUGAAUGGAGACGACGCACCCAUUCGUCGUGAAUACAGCGACAGCGCAGUUCUGAGCGAGACUACUCCCUCUACAUCUGGCCUUCAUCUUGACCUAGACGCUGAUAGUGAGACUAUUUCGGAGGAUGAACUAAAGGCAAUCAUGUCCGCUAUGCGUGCCCAAGCACUGGCGGGCACCGUUACGGAAAGAGAGUCGUCUAUACGUGCGCAGAAGAAGCUCGUGGUAGCUAUUGAGCGGCAAAGGACCAAGAACAAAUCGCUCCUCGAGCACGUACAGAAGCAGGAUCAGGUGAUCAGAGAACUACAAGAACAGCUGGAAAAGGAGGGCCAGGUUACGCAGAACGAGGACCAGGGCACCCCACCGCCUCCGCCGCCGAAAGAUACGCUGCCGUCUCAACUUCAAACACAGCCGAGUGAUGAAGAUUCGGACGUCGAUGCCCUCAAAACUGAAAACUCGAUUCUUCAACGUGAGGUCAGGCUCAUGGCUUCGGCCUGGUACGACCAGAACCUCCGUCUUGCAAGCGCCAACUCCUCAGCCUCAGGCCGGAAUCGUGGGCUAGGACCCGGUGCCGAACCCCGAGGUUUUCUUGGGCGCCAGCGGCGGAGGAUCGAUGCUGUGGCUUUCGGGCGCGCAUUAUAG